AUGGAUCAUGAAGGGAACAACUGGGGCAUGUUGGCAAACCAAAACGAAGAAGUCCCCUAUUGUUCCUCACCCUUCCUUAUGAAGGAACCGACUAUUCAAACUUCCACGAAUCGAUCGAAUGAAAUCGCCAUAAGCCGCAAGGCGAAUUCGGCAUCUGGAAUCGCGGUGGACGACGAGUGCAAGCUGAAAUUCUUGGAGCUGAAAGCGAAGAGGAACUAUCGAUACAUCGUGUUCAAGAUCGACGACAAAGGCAAGCAAGUGAUGGUGGAGAAGGCCGGCGGCAGUGGAGAGACCUAUCAGGAUUUUUCCGACAGCCUUCCAGGAGAUGAUUGCCGCUAUGCGGUGUUCGACUACGAUUUCACGACCGAAGAGAAUUGCCAUAAGAGCAAGAUCUAUUUCAUUGCAUGGUCACCAGAAAUUGCUAGGGUGAGAACCAAGAUGCUGUAUGCAAGUUCAAAAGACAGAUUCAAAAGGGAAUUAGAUGGGAUUCAGGUGGAGUUACAAGCCACUGAUCCUAGUGAGAUGAGCUUGGACAUCAUCAAGGAAAGAGCUUAUUAAUAUUUUCUUAAUUACCUAUAUAGAU